GGAGAAAGCCGGAGAGGGACGCAAGCAAUCAUACACCGGAAGGGGAGAAGUGGUGAUUCGAAUUUCCGCCAUUGAAGCAAUCCCUGCUCUGCUCACCCAUCCUCUAUUUACCGCCUCGGCCUGCAAAUGAUUAUUGGAGCAUAGGGCUCCGCCAACAAGAAGAUUCGAGGUGCAAAAGGGGUAAAAAAAAGACCCAAACCAUGAAGUCGUUGCUGCCCAAGGUUUAAGGCAUCGUAGGCUUUGGUGUUGAAAUUGGGGGAAGAGAAACGGAAAGGAAAGAGAGAAAUGGAAGUUGAUGGAGUGUAUGCUUCAGUUGAUCCCACUGUCGUCCGAUCAAUUCCGAUACAGUCACGCCGGCAGAGAGCUUUACAUCAAUUCACACAGCAGACUCUCCCAGCUUGUAAGCCUGUACUGACACCAGCAUCGGUGAUUACAACAUUUUUCUUGUUGGGCCUUAUUUUUGUGCCUGUUGGAUUUAUCACUCUUCGUGCUUCUCGUAGUGUCGUUGAGAUUGUGGAACGGUAUGAUGCAGAUUGUGUGCCCGAGGAAUUUAGAGGCAACAAGAUGUCUUAUAUUGCAGACAGUUCUAUUCCAAAAAAUUGUUCCAGGACGUUGAAGGUGCCCAAGAAUAUGAAAGCCCCAAUUUAUGUUUAUUAUCAACUUGACAACUACUACCAGAACCACCGAAGCAUUUGUCUUUUGUCCACACUAUUUGAUUUGGUGAAAGAUUUCCAGCUAAGCGACCAAGAGGAUUUUAUUGUAUGGAUGCGCACAGCGGCCCUUCCAAGCUUCAGAAAGUUAUAUGGGCGAAUCGAAGUGGAUUUAGACAUGGACGAGGAGAUAACAGUGGACCUAAUGAACAACUACAAUACAUAUAGCUUUGGUGGGAAGAAGAAGAUUGUGCUUUCGACCACGAGCUGGAUCGGUGGAAGGAAUGACUUCAUUGGGUUUGCAUUCAUGUUUGUUGGCUCAUCGUCAAUACUCCUGUCACUGGUCUUCAUGCUGCUUCACGUCAAGAACCCCAGGACUUAUGGAGACGCUGCUUACUUGGCCUGGAACAAAAAGGGCAUUUCUGGUUGAUUCUUGUGUUACCACAUUCUCUUAGUGCAAACGGCCGAAAUGACCAUGGAAAUCUGGCGGCGUUGUCUGGUUCAACAACUGAGAAAUGAGUUGCAGAGUCAGCUGCGAUGGCAUUUUAGGGAUAUCUGGGAAAGGGUACAUCUUCAUCUGCUAAAUGGAACAGAGAGAAGCAUCCAUUGAUUAGAUUUGGCGGCACUUUUUGUACCAUACCAUUUGUUCUUAUGCUGCCCAACAACCGGCCGAGCAUUAUUGCUUCUGUUGUAUUUUGUUUUUACGUCUUUGCCACCUCACUUUUAACAGGGGGCUUUUGAUGGUGGCGGCUGGGACCGAAGAACGUGCUUUGGUCCCUUCCUUCGGUUGCUUUAUAAACCUUUUGCCUUCUGUUGGUGUGGAUUCGUUUCCUAGUAUUGUUAACAGUUGGACGUGUACAAGAUUCCAUAUGACUAAUUGUGCAUUGGUCAAAUAGGAAGAACAACAGAUGAAGAAACGUGUAUCCUGGUGCUGUGCUUUUUACUGUACACCCGUCAAGUGUAGUGAAGUAAAGAGAUGACAUCGUUACAUCUUUUGAAAGUAUUGCGGCCUGUUCCAAGUGUAUUUUUAUCGUAUGGAAAGCAUGAGUUGGUGGUAAGAGAACUGAUGAAAUGAAAAUUGGAUC